AUGCGCAGCUCUUCAACGGCGAGGCUUGCGGGAAAGAUGGAGUGUCCUACGCCUAGUGCUGCGGAGGCUGCGGACCCUGGAGGGGCCGGACCGUGCAACAGCUCCGAGGAGCAGGAGGGUCGGGAACCGGACGGAGUGCGCUUCGACCACGAGAGGGCGCGCCGCCUGUUGGAAGCUGUGUCCGGGGCGCAGCCGGCGGGGAGGGAGGAAGUGGAGCACAUGAUCCAGAAGAACCAGUGUCUCUUCACCAGCACCCAGUGUAAAGUCUGCUGCGCCAUGCUGAUUUCUGAGUCCCAGAAGCUGGCACAUUACCAGAGCAAAAAACAUGCCAACAAAGUGAAGAGAUACCUAGCAAUCCAUGGAGUGGAGACACUAAAGGGGGACGUCAAGAGGCUAGACUCAGAUCAGAAGAGCAGCAGAAGCAAAGACAAGAACCACUGCUGCCCCAUCUGUAACACGACCUUCUCCUCCCCUGUGGUGGCACGGUCGCACUACCUGGGGAAGACCCAUGCCAAGAACUUAAAGCUGAAGCAGCAGUCCACUAAGGGGGCAGCUCUGUCGAAACACCUUACAAAUCCUUUCCUUGUGGCCUUCACCUUAGCCUUGCACCAGAACAGAGAGAUGCUAGACCCAGACAAGUUCUGCAGCCUCUGCCAUUCAACUUUCAACGACCCUGCCAUGGCUCAACAACACUAUAUGGGCAAGAGACACAGGAAACAGGAGACUAAGCUCAAACUCAUGGCACACUACGGGCGGCUGGCGGACCCUGCCGUCUCUGACUUCCCAGCUGGGAAGGGCUACCCCUGCAAGACGUGUAAGAUAGUGCUGAACUCCAUAGAACAGUACCAAGCUCACGUCAGUGGCUUCAAACACAAGAACCAGUCCCCCAGAACAGUGGUGUCACCCGUGAGCCAGACACCAGUGCAGACGCAGCCCCCUCCGAAGGACUCAAGUGUGGCGGAAGACUAGAGAAGGUGUUUCUGCCCGCCGAGCCUUGCUGGGGCAGCCACAGCCAGUUCCCGGUGACUGCGCAGCCCUUGGCUCCCUCGUCCUCCUAUCUAAUAGCAGAAGAAUAUGGAGGCAUGAGGCCAAAUUGGGCUGCAGACAGCCUCUGACUGGGCCAGGAUGAAGCGCCUCCUGCCCUCCUCUUUAGUGUGGUCCUGCAGGUCAUGGGAGAGGAGACGGGGCUCUCAAGAAGACCUGAGGUGGUGGUUUAGAGGUUAGCCUUUCUGGCCCCUCUGGGCGUAUGUCCUGCAGUCCCAGUGUCUGUCCUUUCGAGGUCAGUCUGGAGCAAGUCCCUGCAGAUGAAGGAGAGCACCAUCUCUGGGCUCCAGGAAUGCCUGGGAAACUGCCUCUUUUCCUGAAGACUUUGCAGGGCAGCAGAUACAGUAGACCAGAGUGGAGCUAAUGUGUCGUUCCCACCUUCAGAUGCGCAGACUUGCCUGGUGUAGACCCUGCCAACUGUGAAGUCUUCUGGAACACAUGAACACGCGCGUGCACAGACACACACACACACACACACACACACACACACACACGUCAUCCUGAAGGCACUGCCAUCUCUGCUGCCAUCUCUCCAGCUCCCAAAUGGUGCUAGUGGGCAUCUGCAGUAGCUAGGAGCCUGAGGAGACCUGAGUGCCCAGUGGGAUCAUGGGAAGCACCAAAGGAAGCCUUUGUCCUUUGUCAGAGAUGCUCUGACCCAGGGUCAUGUGAGAAAGUCUCCCGCCUGCUAUGUUCCUUGAGGAUUCUGUGCCCUUGAAGUCAAACUGCCUCCCGCCAGCCUACUGAAAGGCUACUUGGUAUUAGUUCUGUGCCCUUGUGUAGUAGACUGUCCCACCCCGGUUGCUGUGAUGCUGUCCUUCCCCUGUCAUCCUCGAGGAGAUUUGGGGGACCCAGGAAGGAGGGCUGGAAAACUGGUGUGAGGAAAGGGCCCUAGGCCCUGAACUGAGAGUUUUUCCUACUGCUGUUUUGUGACCUCAGAAUCCACUGGGAGUGGAUUUUUUUCACAUAACUGGAGCAAGGAUUCUAGAAAGUAUCCCUAAGGCUCCUUGUCAUGGAGGUAAAAAAGCUUCACUUGUUAAUGCAAUUGGGUGCCGUAUAGGAAUGGGGGCUGGGCUUAAACUUAAACCUUUGGCCACUCAACCAUCCAAAUAAUUUUUUCUGUGAGCCAGGCUGUAACUUCAGAUCUAGGGUUUAUAGCCAGCCAUGUUGAUACUGCUAUAGUGUCCCACACACAGUCAGAACCCCCAGGGUCCUCAGUAAUGAUCUUACCCCAAGAAAAGUCUCCCUGGUGCCUAAACCCAGCCGAGUUCAUUGACCCAGACACCUUCAUCUUUCACAUAGGCCUCUUAGAGGUCUUGAGAGAAUCUAAGCUUUGGAAUCUGAUUUAUUCUUGAAAUAGUCAUUCUAGCUACUGAGUGGAGGACUGCAGGGAGGCCAAUGAAAGCUGUAUCUUUAAGGCUUUCUCCAGGGUCAUUCCUACAGGGUAGAUCUCUACCAACCUCAUGUCCAGGAUGCUGUGUCUUAAAUUCUGAACAUAUGAGUGGUUAAGGACAGGUGUCCUCUUCCUGUUCAGAUUAAAGAGCUAGAGGAGUUUUCACAGAGCUUCUCAUAGGCUUUCCGGUCCUUGGAAGAGCCUUUUCUGUGAUUUGGAAAUGACGGGAAGGAGUGCUAUGCCUUAGAAACUGAUGUAGAUGGGCCAGACCAAGCAGUCUCAGCCCCGGUUCCCUGCAGCUUACUGUUCUGGGCACCUGCCCCUAGCCAGCUACGAGAAGCUCUUCUUGGCUCCUAGAAUAGGUUCUCAGCUUUCCACUUUCCGAGUAUAGGCCACCUCAGAAGUUUUCCCAGAAUUCUGUGCAGCCCAGUGUGUCAGAAUUCGUCAAGAUUACUAGGUAAGGAGGUGAAGGGUAAGGUCACAGAUGGGCUGACCAGCGCGAGCCCUCGUUUCGUGAGACCUCUGUCUAGAUGCAGGAGUCCCCGCCAGCUGCCUGUCCAGCACUGCUGGUGUGGAUCCCUGGAAGGAGCCGGCUCUUGUCCUCUGGAGGCACAUGGGAAUGCCCAGCGUGCAAGCACUACAAGCCUGGAAUGUGAACAGGCUGAGAAAUGAACAUCUGGUCUAUAUGUUUUGAGGUUUUAUUUUCUAGUUUGUUUCAUUUAUCCAGGCUGGUCUCAAACUUGUCGUGUAGAAGACUAGCCUUGAGCUGCUGAUCCUCCUGCCUCUACCUCCCUAGAUCUGGAAUGUGCUCUUACAUCCACUUUCAUCCGUGUUAUUGUGUAUAUGAGAAGUUCUUUUUGUUUUGUUUUUUUCCUUGGAGAGGGGGACAGGGUGUCAUUAUGUAGUACAGACUGUCCUGGAACUUGAUCUGUAGACCAGGCUGGCCUCAAACUCAGAGAUCGCCUGUCUCUGCCUACCUAGUGCUGGGAUUAAAGGUGUGUGCCACCACCACCUGGUGAGAAGUUCCUUUUUUAAUGCUGUCUAGUAAUCCUUUAUUUGAGUCGGUCACAGCCGAGCCUUUCUACCGUUGAAGGUUGUUUCUCACUGAGGAUCAUCCCAAAUAAAGCUGCUGUCAUUC